CAGUAGUGUUAAAAGUCGAUAAAAUUUCUUUGUGAUUUGUCGAUAAUUCGUAUUUCGUUAUUCGAUAUGAUACACAUUAGUAUUUAGUACAUAUCAAAAUUUGAUGACUAAUUUUUAAAUAUCAUUAUUAUUGCUUUCCCAUACUUUAUCAAUGUCGUUACUUGAAGACGUUUUUCUGCAAGAUGAGGCAAAUGAAGCCCAAGAAUUAGAAAGAGUUAUUGAAGGGGGUGAUUAUGAAGAGAGGGCUGUUUCCAACAGCGAUGAUAAUAGUGAGAAAGAAGACGAAGCAGAAGAAGAUAAAAGGCGAGUGGAUCCUGGUUCUACUAAAAUUAAGAGAGUAGUAAAAAACCCAAGGUUUAUACUAAAUCCUGCCCGACUUACUGGUCCUAGAGGAAUACAAGUAAUUCCUGAACAUUUCAAAGAUUUUAAAUUCAAAGGUAAAGGUCAUGAAAAGGAAGAUUUAGAUCUUGUUUUAAAAAAACUAGAGCACUGGGCAUACAGAUUGUAUCCUAAAUUUAAGUUUGAGGACUGCUUAAAGAAAAUAGAGACAUUGGGAAAGAAACGCCCUGUUAUGGUACAUCUCCAAAAGAUCAGAUCGGAUCAAUUUGUAUCUGAUGAGCUUGUAGUACAGAAGGACUCCAGUGAUGAAGAGACAGCUGAACCAGAGCCAGAUGAAUUUGAUAAGCUAUUACAACAGCAAAUAGAAUUGGCUAGAGCCACCCCUGCUCCUGCUAAUAGAAGCAUUGAUACUUCUGUUGAAAAUCGAUCACUGGCGGCGGGGCCUAAAGCUACAUCAUCGCCGUCAAUAAGUGAGGAGCAGAAGGAAAGAAUGCUUCGCAAUCGAAAACUAGCUGAAGAAAGACGAAACUCUAAACUGAAUAAUUCCAGUAGCACUACUCCUAACAAUUCUAAUAUUACAAAUGUAUGUGAGGUAAAUAAUUAUAUACAGGAUAAAACAAAGGAAACUAGUUCAGAUGAAGAAAACACUGGUGAAAUAAGAACAGAGGGGCAGGCACAUAAUAAUGAAGAAAUAGAACCUAAUAAAAAUUUAAAAGAAAAUGUUUCACUUCAAAAAAAGGGUCAGCGGAAUGCUCUAGACAGUUCUGAUGAAAUGUCGGAUAAUGAAAUUAAUGCACUCAAUAAAGGUUCUAAAGAUCAUAACUUAAAUAAGAAAACAGCUGAAUCACAAGGAAAACAGCGUAAAGCUAAAUUUUUGGAUAGUUCAGAUGACGAAAACCAUGAUCAAACUGGUAUUUGUUUUUGAAAAGGAAAAUAUUAAUGAACAAAUAAGUGAUGACAAUCCAAGAAUUAGUCUUAAAAAUAAUGUUUCUGAGGCAACAAUAGAAUCAAAUAAGUUUAAUGAUGUGUCUAAGCACAAUGAAUCAAAUAGUAGUAGUGGAUUAAACAUUAGAGAUGUAGUUUUAGAAAAUAGUAUUAUACAAAGUACAAUACAAGGAUUGGUAGAACAUGAUAAUAACAUAAACUUGGAACGCGAUUUAAAUAAUCAUGGCGUCAAUAGCUCAGAAAACGAGGGUAGAACUAAUGUUAAUGAACAAAAUGAGGAAUUAAUGGAUGUAGAUUUUAGUGAAGACUUUUAAUAAUAAAUUAAAAUCAAUGUUCGGGUGAAAAAUAAUUGUAUUGCAUAUGUAUCAGGCUAAAAACGAAUAUAAAGUAAACCAUAAACAAAAGUAAGUGAGAGCGACGCGUAAGAGACUAUUUCAUAAUAUACUUGGAGAAGUUAAAUAGUUCAUGGCAUGGCUUAGGUUGAUCUUUAAUAGAAAAUUAAAGCGUAAUUUCUGUUUUAUGUUAAUUUUAUGUUCUAGUAUUAUAGAUUGUAAAAUUUGUAUGGUCAUAUUUUUCUCGAUAUUUGACAAACAGCGAAAGGGUAUGAUAGCGUUCUUAAUUUCGCUGGAGCAAUAAAUAUAAACAAAUAUUAAAUUUCGAAAAAUUUAUUACAUUAUUUCAAACGAAAAUACUUAUCACAGUACACAAUGGUUGAAAAUAAACUUUAAUAACCUUAUGCUACAAAUGCAAGAUGAUCUUUGUAUAAUGAUGUAAAUAAAUAACAUGUAACGCAGAAAUUUUUAUUUCUGCAUAAAUAAAAAUGGUGUGGCAUUUUAACAACGACUCAGAUUAAAGGUGCCAAAAUACAGUUUGCUACGAAGCCGCUGCAAUCUUGGCAACGUGCCUUAACAUUGCCCACGUACCAGAUUACCGAGAACUAAUUUCCAUUCAGCUGAAGCACCAAGGUCAUGACAAGUUAUGGCAUUCAUAUAACUAGAAAGUGAACAAUGUCUUUUAUAGCGAGAUUAAAGUAUUUGAAAAAUAAAA